AUUAAUCACCUUCACCUUCAACUCGCUAACCCUUCUAAAAGCCUCUUGUGAGUAACUAUCGUUAAUAUAUCCCUCCUCCAUUCUGAAUCAAAUUCAUUGUUUGUUGAACCCAUGCCACUGAUUCACACUACUCCACCGCUUCACUAUGCCAUUUCCACACUUAUCAAUGCACCAUCAUCAUCUUCUUCCACCCUCUCUGCUGCCACAUUCGGUUCCAAUUUUCUGCGCAAAAUCCAUAACCCAAUUUUUAGGUUUUCCACCGCCAGAAAUCGCUCGCGCGCUGCAGUGGUCAGAGCCAAAGCAGGGACCGAUUACUAUUCCACCUUGAACGUUGGCCCCAAUGCCACGCUGCAAGAAAUCAAGGCCUCCUAUCGUAAACUGGCGCGAAAGUACCAUCCAGAUAUGAACAAAAGCCCUGGGGCUGAGGAUAAGUUCAAGGAAAUAAGUGCUGCAUAUGAGGUCCUAUCAGAUGAUGAGAAAAGAUCUUUAUAUGAUCGCUUUGGUGAGUCAGGUCUACAAGGAGAUAAUGGAGGGUCGACUGGUGCUCCAGGGGUUGAUCCUUUUGAUUUAUUCGAUACAUUCUUUGGUCGUUCUGAUGGAGUAUUUGGAGUUGGUGAUGAAGGGAGCUUCAACUUCAAUUUUAGAAACAAGAGAAACCAUGUUCAUGAUAUUCGAUAUGACCUUCAUUUGAGCUUUGAAGAAUCAAUAUUUGGAGGACAGAGGGAGAUCGAAGUUUCCUGUUUUCAGACAUGUAAUAUGUGUGAUGGUACAGGAGCUAAAUCAAAGAAUUGCAUUAAACAAUGCACAAAUUGUGGUGGCAGAGGGGGAGAAAUGAAAACUCAGAGAACACCCUUUGGAAUGAUGUCUCAGGUUUCUACCUGCUCUAAGUGUGGUGGCCUUGGCAAAAUAAUCACCGAUCAAUGUCGAAGGUGUGAUGGCAGUGGUCAGGUGCAAUCUAAACAAACAAUGGAAGUAGAAAUUCCUCCUGGAGUCAAUGAUGGAGACACAAUGCAAAUUCAAGGACAAGGAAAUUUUGAUAAAAAGAGGCAAAUUACUGGGGAUCUUUAUGUUGUCCUGCAUGUAGAUGAAAAGCAGGGAAUUUGGAGAGAGGGUCUUCAUUUGUACUCAAAGAUUAGCAUUGACUUCACGGAUGCAAUACUGGGGUCAGUUAAAAAGGUAGACACUGUUGAAGGUUUACGGGAUCUUCAAAUUCCUUCAGGGAUUCAACCUGGAGAUUCAGUGAAGUUGUCAUGUUUGGGAGUUCCAGACAUAAAUAAACCAUCUGUUCGAGGCGAUCAUUAUUUCAUUGUGAAUGUUCUUAUUCCCAAGGAUAUCAGUGGCACCGAACGUGUACUUGUUGAGCAGUUAGCUUCACUAAGAGCAUCUAGCAAAAGGGAUUCACUGUCUUCUAAUGACAAUGGGAUACCCAAAGGAAAAUUCAAUGAAUUCAUAAAAAGGGAUCCAAAAGGUGACGCUUCAAGGAAGGGAAUAAAAAAUGUUGGCUCUCUAUGGGGAUCAAUCAAGAACUUCUUAAGGGGAGGACAGUCUGAAGAAAGGUUUGCCUCAAUCAGCAUGGAUACGAAAGUAUUCUUAUGGAGAUCUGGCCACCAAAAUCCUGUCCCUGAUUACUUUUUUGUUGUUUUCAUUAUAACUUGGAUUUUUGCCUCUAUAGCAAAGUCUAAGCAUUAGAUACUUCAGAAAAGAUCCGGGUCCUUUAAUAGAACAGAGUGGAAAAAAAUAAAAUAAGGGUAUGCUUGGUUAGGAAAAUAAAAAAUAGGAAGGGGAGUGGAAUGGUUUUGAUUUUUCAGGCCUUGGUGCUUGGUAGAAAGAUGUAUUAGUGGGAAGUGGGUAAAAAAUUAGUUUCAGCUUUUUUUUAAUCUAUGAGAGAUCACAAUUGAGAGAGUAGAGUAAGAAUGAGUUCCACUACACUAAACACCCACACCACUGUUAUACAAAGCAUGUGUUAGUAAUUUCUUCCAAAAUUCUCUCCUAUUUAUUUUUAGUUCUACUACACCCCUAAAACAUUCUGUUUGAGCUAAUAAGAUUAGUGGUUGAACUCAACUUUUAUGCCCCCAUCCUGUAGUAACCAUGGCACGGUUAAGUUAUCGAAUUCAGCUCUUUGCUCCCGUUAUGUUGAGACUUAAAUUGUAACCUGUAACCAUCUUUGGGGGCUUAUGCUAAAACAUAGUCAUGUCUUCUAAUUAAGCAGUGAAGUUACGUUGAAAAUUUCCCUUCAAGUUGGCAUGCCGUGUGAAUCCUUAACAUUACCAAACUUAUUAAAGAAACUAAGAAAGUGAAGAGAAAGGAUCGAAGCUUAUGUGGUUGGUUAACGUGGUUCUAAAUUGUAGUUGGAUGGGGUAAUUUGUUGUUAAGUUUUUAAUCUGUUUGUUCCCGUUAGCAACAUACGACAAUAUAUAUAUAUAACAUUGUUGGUUCUGUUUUUAGCUUUA